AAACUGAGGAGGAACAAGAAGCCAGUGUCACAACACCAAGUGAGGACAAGGAUGUAAAUGCAAAGGUGUUGCAAAGAAAGAAUUCUAAUGGAAACAAAAGAGUUUAUGAUUGCCCCGUGUGCCAUAAACGAUUUGGUGCUCCAUCCAAACUAAAAAGGCAUUGUCUUAUUCACAUGAAUCGGAGGCCAUUUGAGUGUUCCAUAUGCUGCCGUGCAUUCAGAGAACGCUGUCAUCUAAAAGUACACAUCAGAACUCACAAUGUCCCUGUGAAGCAGAGAACACCAUCACUCCAGAGCUACAGAGACAACAGUGUGUCCUGUAAUCGAGCAUCUAAGUCAAGGUCAAAUCCCUUUCCAAAACAACCAACUGCGCAAGAUGAUACCAAGUCAACAGGUAAAAAAAAGUCAACAGUGCACCAAGGUCAAAAUAUUCUUACAGAGAAUAUGUCAUGUCAAAAAAUGAUUGGUCACUGCAGUGAUCCAGAUGUAUAUUUGCAAGAUUCUCUUCUAAAUGAAGGAGGUUUGGAUCUUAACACUGGACAGAGUUCUGCAUAUUCUUCCAAACUUUCAGAAGGCCAGUGGAUGGAGGAAAACCAAGAAAAUGAGGAGGAACAAGAAGCCAGUGUCACAACACAAAGUGAGGACAAGGAUGCAAAUGUGAAGGUGUUGCAAAGUAAGAAUUCUAAUAGACAAAAAAGAGUUUAUGAUUGCCCUGUGUGCCAGAAACGAUUUGGUGCUCCAUCCAAACUAAAAAGGCAUUGUCUUAUUCACACAAAUCAGAGACCAUUUCAGUGUUCCAUAUGCUGCAAUGCCUUCAGAGAACGCUCUCAUCUAAAAGCACACAUCAGAACUCACAAUGUCCCUGUGAAGCAGAGAACACCAUCACUCCAGAGCUACAGAGACAACAGUGUGUCCUGUAAUCGAGCAUCUAAGUCAAGGUUAAAACCCUCUCCAAAGCAACCAACUGCCCAAAAUGAUACCAGUUCAACAGAUAAACAAAAGUCAACCGUGCACCAAGAUCAAAAUAUGGUUCCAGAUGAUAUGCCAUCUCAAAACAUGAGUGGUGACUGCAAUAAUUCAGGUUUAUAUUUCUCAAAAAGUACUAGUCCUUUAGAGAAGUCAGAGGUUGUUUUCCGGUGCAACAACAAAUCAGUUUGGGGUAUGACAGAUGAAACUGACAUCUUGCUUGAUGGGAAAAAGGCAUCUGACAUCGUGCCUUUUGGCAGGGUGAGUGACUGUCCACCCAAAACUGACUCAUCUCUCCAUCACUGUGCUUCUGAAUCAAGAAUUGAAGAAAAAUGGGCACAUCACAUGGAUGAUAUUGAAGAUUGUGUCUUCGUGGACUCGGACACUGUUAAAUGUGUCCCUGAUUCUUACGAGCCCAGUUCUUGCCUGUAUCAACAGAAACCUGAUGUGCCCGGACUCAGAGAAAUUGUUGUUGUGGGCCUUUUGGACUUUCAGGAUCCAGGUGAAUGCUUUACCAAACCUCCACAUGACCUUCCCGUUUGUCCUGACUGUAGUCAGUGUUUCCCUACGAUAAGGAGCUUAUAUGCUCAUAAAUGUGCAAACAGAUAUUCUGAAGGGAAAAUAAAGAAAUCCCACCAGUGUGACAUUUGCUUAAAAUUCUUCAGUGCACCAUCCAAAUUGAAGAGACAUUGUGUUACUCACACUGGUCAGAGGCCGUUCCAGUGCACACAGUGUCAGAAGUCCUUCACGCAGUCCCAUCAUCUGAAAACACACAUGCUGUCCCACAGGUAGAAGGGUUACUCUAGGGUUGCCCAAAGAUAUGACCAAACCAAAAGGGUUUUCACUGUAAAUUAGUUGUGUUCUAUGUAGUUUUUUGCUAAACAGAAACAGAAUUU